AUCAACCUCAAUCGCGUUCUCACUGGAUACAAGUUUAUCGAUACGAACCUCGAGGACUGCCUCCACCAUAGCCCAUUUGCAAGGACUUUGAACGAACAGUGCCCGCCGCGUACCUUUUACUGUCGGAUAGCUACAAAUCUGAUGAUUGUCCACUUCUGCUCGAAGGUCAUGAAGGAAUCAACGGACAGACGUUGGAAGUUUGGUUCGCACAACGCACUCGAUAUUGGACAUUGCAUCAAUGUAACGGAGGUGGAAAUACCGAAAACCAUGCCAUCGACCGUACUACUAAUAGCAGCAAUGGAUGGUUUUUGA